GUUAAAUGAUUUUCAUUUUGACUAUAUUCUUGAUGCAACGUUUUCUUUCCGCUUUACUGGCAUUUUUGUACUAAAUCCUCUGCGUGAAUCUCUCUAUUUAUGUUAUUUGAAAUUCAAUCUCAAAACCGAUAUCUCUUAUGAGCCGAUCAUGAUCUUCAUAUAAAUACGGCAUCUAUAUAUGUGUCUUCAUAAUCAUAUUAUUGUGUUUCGAGAUGUUUUCAAUUCGUUUCCUUCCAAAAUGUCCUGGUUUUAUUGUUUCUGUAGACAAGGUUUAUAACUACAUUUUGGUAGCUGUGCAUAGCAACUCUAAUCAUCCCUCCAGUUUAGACAUAAUAGAAAAUUACACCCUAAAAAUAAAAUGAACAACUUUAUCUUCUCAAAUCGAUGAUGCAACACAAAUGAAUGCGACUCUAAGAAGAAAAAUGUCGACUUCCAUGGGCGGAGAUAUACAAAGUAUCUUGUCAUUAGCUGUUUUCCCUGCCGUCAAUCUCAAAUCACGCCCAAUUUUGCAGCUUUCACAAAAGAUUUUUUAUUAUUAUUUUUAAUUAUAAUAACAGCUUCGGAUUUUGAGUGGAGAGAAUGUAAAUGAUAUUUUACCCUUGUUUUCCCCAGGGUAGAGACUUCUUCUUCUUCUUCUUCUAUUUUUUUUUGGAAGGAAGACCCUUUGGCUUGGAUAUAAUUGUAGGGGCAAAUGUUCAUAUUACUUUCAAGAGGUUUUUGUUUGAAUGGGUACUUUCCUGAUGGUUUUGGCAACGAUGGAAAAUGAAAGUGGCAACACUUAUGAAGAUGCUCGAAAGCAGAGGCUGUUAGAAAAUAAAAAAAGAUUUGAGGAUUUGGGGAUAAUGAAGUUAUCUAAAAGCCUAACAGAUGUAACCAAGUCAGAGAAACCCCAGAACAGGCAAGUUCGCCUAAAACCAAUGAUGAGUUACUCAGCAGAACCAAGACGUUCAUCACGUGCUCGAAAUCAAGUUUCAUAUCGUGAUGAUGUUGAUGUCGAGCUUCCUGCACUACGUAACAGAUCAAAGUUUAAUUCUUCAUGGACAAGUUACCUUGCAAGACCGGCUGAAGAGGUUAAAGUCGCAUCAUAUGAGGAAAGAGCUCGAGCUUUUAACUGUGCAGAGAAGCUCCGAAGCAACCUACAAACUCGAAAUCCAUCCUUCAUCAAAUCAAUGGUCCGAUCUCAUGUAUAUAGUUGUUUCUGGUUGGGGCUUCCAAGUAGAUUUUGUGAAGAUUACCUUCCCAAGUCGACAGUGGGUAUGGUGUUAGAGAACGAGCAGGGCUCAGAGUACGAGGCCCUCUUCAUUGGCAAGAGAGCUGGGCUUAGUGGUGGAUGGAGAGCAUUUGCACUUGAUCAUAAACUGGAUGAUGGUGAUGCUUUGAUUUUUGAAUUGAUUGAACCAACAAGGUUCAAGGUUUAUAUAGUUAGAACAUCGGGCUGUCAAAAUGAAAAUGGUUGUGUCGUUGCAUCUGAUACUGAUGAGAAACCAAAGAAGAAGAGGAAGACGAAAGAUGGCAACCAGACAGAGAAACCGGCAGCAGAGGUCUCAACCACAAGGAGGAGUUUGAGAAAGAAAGGCAAUUGAAUAUGUAAAUUCUGGAGUUCCUAUUAAAUUAAUUGGAGCUCAAGAGAUUUGCAUCCUAGGUGAUGAGAUGAGUCAUCUUGUUUUUGUACGGCUCAUUUUUCUGUUGCUUUGAACAUCAUCACCUGCCUUCUGUGUUGUUAAUCUAUCUCGAUAACUAAUUUACCCAACUUGAAAUCCGAGGCCUACUUUAGAGUUUAGAGUUGCAAAACUAAUAUCGAAGUUGGUAAUCAUUUUCUAUGGAAAUGAAAGUGAACUUGUGUUUA